AUGCCUGGAAAACUUCUUAGUGACACCGCUUUGGACGCUGACGCGACCAUGGGAAGAUCGGAGACAUCGCGAAAAGCUAAUGAGAAGAAAGCUAAAAAAGAGAAGCCAGAAUCUACCAAGACAGAAGAAUCAGUAGAAGAAAAAGAAGACACUGUUUCCCCCAAAGCUAAAAAGAUGAAAAAGAAAGCUGAGCCUUCUGAAGUGGAAAUUAUUUCCCCUAAAUCUAAAAAGGUGAAAAAGAAAGAAGAGCAGUCUCAAGAUGGCAUUAUUUCACCCAAAACCAAAAGUGUGAAAAAGAAAAAGGAACCUGCUGAAGAUCAAGUUGCUUCUCCUAAAAUAAAAAAAGCAGUAAAAAAUGAAGAACCUUCAGAAGAAGAAAUGGAUGCUCCUAAACCUAAGAAAAUAAAGAAAGAAAAGGAAAUGAAUGGAGAGAUUAAAGAAAAAAAACCUAAAGUGAUGAAUGGACUCCCUAAUUCUGAACCUUCUUCUAACGCCAAUGAAGCCACAAGUGAAGACAGUAACAAUGAACUAGAACAGGAAAUACCAGUGGAACAAAAAGAGGGAGCUUUCUCCAAUUUCCCUAUCUCUGAAGUGACUAUUAAACUUCUCAAAGCCCGAGGGGUGAACUAUCUGUUUCCUAUACAAGCGAAGACGUUUCAUCAUGUCUAUAGUGGGAAAGACUUAAUAGCGCAGGCCCGGACUGGAACUGGGAAGACAUUCUCCUUCGCCAUCCCCUUGAUUGAGAAACUACAGGGAGAUCUGCAGGACAGAAAACGAGGCCGACCCCCACAGGUACUGGUUCUUGCACCUACAAGGGAGUUGGCAAAUCAAGUAAGCAAAGACUUCAGCGACAUCACAAAAAAACUGUCAGUGGCUUGUUUUUAUGGUGGAACACCCUAUGGAGGUCAAUUGGAUCGCAUGAGGAAUGGCAUUGACAUCCUGGUUGGGACACCAGGGCGUAUCAAAGAUCACGUACAGAAUGGCAAGCUAGACCUCACCAAACUUAAGCAUGUUGUCCUGGAUGAAGUUGACCAGAUGUUGGAUAUGGGUUUUGCUGAUCAAGUGGAGGAGAUUUUAUGUGUGGCAUACAAGAAAGAUUCAGAAGACAAUCCUCAAACAUUGCUUUUUUCUGCAACUUGCCCACAUUGGGUAUUUAAUGUUGCUAAGAAAUAUAUGAAACCUACGUAUGAGCAGGUGGACCUGAUUGGUAAAAAGACUCAGAAAGCGGCAAUAACUGUGGAGCAUCUGGCUAUCAAGUGCCACUGGACUCAUAGGGCAGCGGUCAUUGGAGAUGUGAUCCGAGUGUACAGUGGUUAUCAUGGGCGCACGAUUGUCUUCUGUGAAACCAAGAAAGAAGCCCAGGAGUUGUCUCAGAAUACAUCCAUCAAGCAGGAUGCCCAGUCAUUACAUGGAGACAUUCCACAGAAGCAAAGGGAAAUCACCCUGAAAGGUUUUAGAAAUGGUAAUUUUGGUGUUUUGGUGGCAACCAAUGUUGCUGCACGUGGAUUAGAUAUCCCUGAGGUUGAUCUGGUCAUACAGAGCUCCCCACCAAAGGAUGUGGAGUCCUACAUUCAUCGCUCCGGGAGAACGGGCAGAGCUGGCAGGACAGGAGUUUGCAUCUGCUUUUAUCAGUACAAGGAGGAAUAUCAGUUGGCACAAGUGGAGCAGAAAGCGGGAAUUAAAUUUAAACGGAUAGGAGUACCUUCUGCAACAGAGAUCAUAAAAGCUUCCAGCAAAGAUGCCAUCAGAUACUUGGAUUCUGUGCCUCCCACUGCCAUAAGUCAUUUCAAGCAGUCAGCUGAGAAACUUAUUGAGGAGAAGGGAGCUGUGGAAGCUCUGGCAGCGGCCCUGGCCCACAUUUCAGGAGCCACAGCGGUUGACCAGCGCUCCUUGAUUAGCUUGGAUGUGGGCUUUGUGACCAUGGUCUUAAAGUGCUCAAUUGAAAUGUCAAACAUCAGCUAUGCUUGGAAAGAGCUUAAAGAGCAGCUGGGCGAAGAGAUUGAUUCCAAAGUGAAGGGGAUGGUCUUCCUCAAAGGAAAGAUGGGUGUAUGCUUUGAUGUUCCUACUGCAGCAGUAACAGAAAUACAGGAAAAAUGGCAUGACUCUCGGCGCUGGCAGCUUUCUGUGGCCACCGAGCAGCCUGAGCUGGAGGGACCUCGGGAAGGAUUUCGAGGCUCUAGGGGACCAAGGGAAGGCGGUCGAGGCUACCGGGGGCAGCGGGAUGGCAGCAGAGGCUUCAGAGGACGGCGGGACGGGAGCAGAGGAGGCAGCUUCAGGGGACAGCGAUCUGGAAGCAGCAACAGAAACAACCGAUCCCAAAACAGAGGCCAGAAGCGGAGUUUUGGUAAAGCCUUUGGUUAG